CCCGUAAUUGCAACAAAGACAUGGCGAAACCAUUUGAAAAGCAAAGAGUCAAAAAGCCUACUGCCAUAUUCCCCACUAGCCGGUAGCCAUUGCUCUCUCCCCACCUUUCUAUCUCCAAACGGCUAUUUUUCUUUCCUGCCCUCUCUGUUACCACAUCUCUUCCUCUCUCUGUUACUCUCCCUCUGAUAGAGUUCAGCCCUUCUGCUCCCUCCCAUCAUGGAGAAGAAACCUGGCAAGCACUUCCAUUCCAUUCGCUUCUCCUCCAGCUUUUUUAUGACGGCCUUGUUGGUGGUGAUGACGACAAUUGGUGGGUCGUAUGCGGCGGCGGAGGAGGACGGAGGGAUUUCCAGGGAAAAUAGAAGCAAUGUGGAGCUGUGGUGCGUGGCGAAGAACAAUGCGCCGGACUCGGCCUUGCAGGGGGCCCUGGACUGGGUAUGCGGCCACGGCGGAGCUGACUGCUCGGCCAUCCAGCCGGGCGGCCCCUGCUACGAACCCACCGACGUCCAGUUCCACGCCUCUUUCGCCUUCAACGACUACUUUCUCAAGAGCGGCCUCUCCCGCCAGAGCUGCGACUUCUCUGGCUCCGCCUCUCUCACCUCCCUCAACCCAAGCCAUGGAAAUUGCUUAUUCCCAUCGAGCUUUUCAAUCAAGAAUAAUAGCUCAGCAGGAGAUGGGAGCCUUGCCAGCGUCACAGAUUCUACCGAUGCAGACACUAGUGCGGGAGCUGCAACUAAUGCAGUAAGAGCAGCUGUUUCUGCCGCCGCCGCGGGGACGGUCAUUAUGGUGCUGCUUUUCACGGCACCCCCUCUUCUCCCUUUUCCUUCCCAAAUUAAUAAACUUCUUCAUAUUGUAGAGCUGAACGCGUAGCCACUUGUUUUUCUCCAAAUGAUCAAUGAAGAGUGCCAAUGUUGAUCAUUUCUCCGUUUCCUUCUGUUCUUGUCAGUUGCAAGUAGAUCACUAGGAGCUUUCUUUUUUCUUAGGUUGGCGUUACGACGGGAAGGAAUGGUGAACCAGGACUCAUAAAAACUAGGGAAUGUGACUCGGAGAAAAGAUAUAGAUAGCUGCGUAGCAAGAUUAUUAGUAACUCGUUCUACUUUGUCAUCAAACAUGUACCGCAAAGGGGUUUAUAUUAUAUUUGGCAAACUUGUGGACCUGAGUUGCAAGUUGCCGAAUCGGCUAGGAUCAUUCAUUUACUGGGUCACGAGUCAGGAACCUGCCGAGUCAAUUUGGAUCGGCAAUUAAUUACAUGUUUUUGUUUGCUGUACAUUGUUGAAUAUAGAAGUUUGUUAUUUGUUGAA